UUUUGUGAUACCAUAUCGGGGUGUGUACUAUUUUAACUUUUUUGUCGAGUCAAUUUACCCUAAUAAAAAGGUUAUUUCUGGCGGCCAUUCUUCUCAGUUUUUAUCAAUUUUAUCCACAUUCAUCAUGCUUGGUGAGGACUUUGGAAAGGCUGAAAUAGAUGCCAUUGAAUCGGCUUCUAAACGUGUUGAAAACAUGUUAAAGAGGCCAGAUCAAUUGGAGAGGGUGGAGCAGUUCAAGAGAAGGGAAGCGAGGAAGAAGGCAUCGGUAGAAGCCCGUCUAAAGACUGCAAUGCAAUCUCAGCUUGAUGGGGUUAGGACAGGAUUGACGCAGCUGAGUAGCGCCCUCAAUGGUGUCAAGGAGAUCAGGACAUGGGUCCAUGAAGUUGAUGCGAAGUAUAGAGAGUGUGCCGAGUUGACAUCAACAUUAGGCGAGGUCAAGGAAGUAGCAAGCCAGCACAGUCAGCUUGCAGCUGCUGUUGAGAAUUUAAAGCACAUUUUCACUGUCCCAGAAAAUGUCAAGAAAACAGAGAUGUACAUUCAAGAAGAAAGGCUGUUGCAUGCUCAUAAGGGAUUGAUGGAGCUAGAGAGUUCACGUGAUGACCUUCUAUAUGAAUUACACAAGCAACCAUCAGACAAUCCGACUGAUAACCAUUUACUGCAAAGGUAUUUCUCAGAAGUGGAGAAGCUAUCAGAUAUGUUGUUUAAGCAGAUUAGAUUGGUCCUGCAGCGUGUUUUACUCAUUGCCAGUAGACAGCCACAGCUGGUAGUCACAUGCCUACGUAUCAUAGAAAGAGAAGAGAGGAUUGAUAAAAAGAUGUCAGAUAGAGAGAAAAUGGCCGGUUUUAAGGCACCAGGAAGGCCUAAGAACUGGCGAAAGAGAUGCAUUGAUGAACUUCAGAAGGUAGUUAAUAUCAAAAUUGAAGCUAGCCAGCUUGAAGAUCGUACAAUGGAACGAAUGUGGUUAGUACGCCAUCUAGAGUUGAUCAGGCAAUACAUGGUGGAGGAUCUUCGUAUUGUCAAACACCUCUGUGUACCACUCUUUCCACCUGAUUACAAGAUAUUUGAAUUCUUCAUUAAGACCUACAUACAGCAUGUCUCUCAACAUCUUCAAGACCUAAUAGGUUCUGGACUGGAACACAAUGAGAUCAUUCAGAUGCUAACAUGGAUUACAGAAUUCAAAGGUCCAAUGCUGCUAGGUCAUCCUGAUCUUGGUAUUGAUAUCAAGAAAGAACCUGAUGCACUCUCAGAUCAGAUGGUAGAAGACCUUCAACAAGAGUACAUGAAGACUCUACACACUAAUAUUCAAAAAUGGAUGUCAAAUGCUAUGGAAACAGACACUAAGGAUUGGAACGGUGAUAUGGAACCUGAUGCCGAUGGAGAGGGUUAUUUCAGGACCCAGCUAGCAGUUAUCAUCUUCCAAAUGAUUGAACAAAAUCUCCAAGUAUCCAAUCAGAUUAGCAAGGAUCUAACAACCAAAGUUGUUCUACUGUGUGUGGAAGAGCUUCAGCUAUUCAUUGAUACAUACAGAGAUGCCAUCAGAGAUUAUAAGACCAAUCACAUGGCAGAUAGGAGCCAACCAAGAUUCUUCUUCCAAUACAUGGUUGCCAUUGUAAACAACUUCCAUUCCUUCAUUGAAUUCACCAAACAGCUUGAGAGAAGGCAUCUGAAGCUACCGGUAGGAGAGACGGGGUCAACCUCAGUGUUCCAGAGUUUGAUUGGUGCAUUCAAUAAACUAGCCGGAGAGAGUCUUGGAGAUCUUUUAUGGGAGAUGUUUUUAGAUCUUGAACCUCAUCUCAAUCAGAUCAUUACAAGACCCUGGUUUCAACACCCUGGUUCCCCUGCCCUUGAUACUGUGUGCAUCACCAUUGAAGAUUACUAUAAUGACUUCAUCCAUCUUAGACCUAACUACUAUGAAUCACUGGUGAAGGAACUAGAGAAGAGAACUGUCACUGCCUAUGUCAAGGGGAUGCUGGAAAGACGAAUGACGUUUAAGAUGUAUGAAGAGCGUAAGGAGGCUGCUGAGAAGAUUACCAGAGAGAGUGAUACAUUGGAAAGACUCUUUGCCCGUCUCAAACGGUCUGAGGAAAAAGAAACGGCCCCUUCUCAAUGUGAGGUGAUUCCCCUGAUGACAGAGGUCAUUCGUAUGGAAGAUACAUCCAUGCUAUCUCUUGAGAUAUCGACUUUGGUUCAUCGUUAUUCAGACAUAAGAACUGAUCAUCUUGUCAACCUGUUAGUCUCAAGAGGUGAUUUCACUGUAGCAAAUGCAAGACAGGUUGUGGUAGAUACGCUAGGUGAAGAUGACCAGAGGCAGAUGUCUACUAGAAGUAUUUUCUCAGAUAUACCAGCUAAAUAAGAAAAUUGAAAGAGAAAAUGCUCUCUACAAGGGAUUUGGGAAAUGUGAGAGAUAAGGGGGGGGAGAAUAGGCAGUUUUUGCUUUUACUACGGGGAAACUCUGCAAUGCAUCGAUUCCUUUUAAAAAUGCAAUUAUAAUCACAAUGGGGAGCUGAGAGGCUUUGGUAGGUAGACUGGGACAGCAGGUCAUGGAAGAUUUGCAACGGACGAAUAAUUGAAAAUAUGUCGUCCAGAGUCAAGAGAUUCCGAUGCUGUACGUCCCAGUCCACCAACUUCGACAAAGCCUCUCAGCUCUCCAUUGUGAUUUGACUUGAAAUUUCAAAGGAAUUAGUGCCUUGAAGAGAAUUUCCCGUAGUAAAUGUGAAUAGUCCGGAAUGUGGAGGGGGUGGGGGGAGAUAAUGAGAGAGACAGAGGCAGAUGCCUGCCAGAAUUAUCUUGUAUGCCUGCUAAAUAAGAAAAUUAUUGAAAGAGAAAAGGCUCUCUACAAGGGAUGGGGGAAAUGAUGGAAAAGGGGGGGGGAGAACAUGGAAAAGGGGGAUAAUACGAGAGACAGAGGCAGAUGUCUACCAGAACGAUCUCUGAUAUACCUGCAAAGUAAUAUAAUUUAAAGAGAAAAGGCUUUCUACAAGGAAUGGGGAAUGCUGAACAGAGACAGAGAUGGGGAGAGAGAGACGUAAUGAAGCGAAUUCAUGAAAGUGGUUUAAAACAAGGAGAAGGUACACAACCCCUCCUAGUUUUUUUCAAGCACACUAAAACAAGUGCCUAUCGCCUAUAUACCACGAUCAUAUAUCAGUAUGACAAUUAUAUAAUUAAUAUGUAUAGGUGACAGCUCCAACCAUGAGGGACAGCAAAUUCUAUUAUGAAUUUGGGCCAAAGAGUUGGAUGAAGAGAUUAAAGAGAGAGACAUACGGAAAUGAAGAAAAAAAGGGAAUGAGGAGAGAGAGAGAGAAUGGGUAUGAAUGGAUUUUAAAGAAAGAAUAAUAGAUGGAGAAUUAGUGGAGUUUCAGAGAGAAAGAAAAAGGAGACAGUGCAAAGUUGUAUGAAGAUAGACAACUGAGUGCAAGAAAGUUCUUAAACUGACCAGUUUAGAUAGAUAAAUGCAAACUCAGAUAAAUGUAAAUAGAUAUAUAUGACAUAUUUGUAGACGCAAUUCCAUGUGCAAUAUAUUUUUAUUUCUAAAAGUGUUUCUAUCAUUCAUCAAGUCCAUUGAAUAAGUUACAAUAGCAAUUGAAAUGAAAGAAAUUACAAUACGAUGUUAGCAGCAAUUUUGUACCAUCAUGUUCCCUCAGAUGCUGGGGUAUGGAAUAAUUCCGGGUUAACUGUCUUUUUUUUAUGUCAAUUGUGAUGAUGAAUGAUACUUUUAUAUUGAGGACAAGUCAAUACCAAAUUUGAUGUCAGAUGUGAAUGUCAAAGUUUAGUUGUAUUUAUAAUUGAAUAUAUUUCUUUCUGUGCCUGACGAAUCCAGUACCACCCUUCCAUAUGAAUUUGUGAGAGUGGCCACUAUGCAAUCUGGGUCAUGAGUUCUCUCACGGACAAUACCCUGGUGGUGAUCAUCUUGAGCUUUGUCCAGCUGGAAUACUUUGUGGCAUCCAAGAUUGGUUGUGUUUUGUCCUCCUUGCUCUAGCACACAAAAAGAUAACUCGGCCUCUGUACCUUCCAGAUGGGACCACCUGAGCCACACCCCCAUGUCCAUCUCGUCUUCAGAUGCAUCACUUACUUGGUCUCGUUCCUUUAAACUUCUCUGGGAUUAGGCAUCUUGGUAUUUCAACAUCUGCUUCCUCCUCUAGGUCCUUGUUUAUGGCAUCCAGUAUUGCACAGAUUUCUCUCGUGAGAGUCACAAUUGGUGUACCCCAAUCCAAGUUGAGUUGCCAUAGUUUUUGCAGGAGGAUCUUUGGCCUUAUGAUCCCAGACAAUAUUCCAAAGACAUAGUAGUAUACUGUCUGUUUCAGAAUGCUGCUCUUUGUAGGUGUACCCUUGAUCCGUUUCAUCUCUUUGACGCCCAGCGUGUCUUUCUCCAGAUUUGACUUGGUACUGAGCAAUGUAGCAUACUUCGCAUCCUCGCUCUCAUCACAAACCUCUUGUUUUAUUUCUCUAAGGUCUUUGUGAGUUCGAAAGCUUGCUUCACAUCAGAAAGCGACUCGUUCAAAUUGUCCAUGUAGAACUGGUGGGCAACUGCAUCUUUCAGUCCCUCAUCCUCUGGAGCAUAUUCCUUGAUGAUAUGUCGCAGUGCGAGGAUGGCAGCUGUAGGUGACGGUUUGUCCCCAAAGGUCACAGUGCUGAGCUUAAAAACCUGUACAAGGUGACUUGGGUUCUCUCUGAAGACAAAACGGUGAAAUCUGGCAUCAGCUGUAUUGAUUUUGAUGGCUUGGUACACGAGUCUGACAGGUACACCAUCAUGAUGAAAGGAUUUAGAAGCAUUUACCUUGCGCAAUUCUUGAUGAACCUGAUAGGCUUCCACUCUACGGGGUGGUUGUGAUGCAGGUAAGAAAGACUGUAGAGUAGAGAUGUCAAGCGAGUAGUUGACUAAAAAUACGAGCAAAAUGGUUAUUGAUAAGAUAAGCUUGUUCGAUAGGGCGCAGUUCACAACCAGGAAGGGAUGUAGCUUCUUUAUUCAUUCCAGUGAUGCUAUGAAUUUGCUGAUGCCAACUUUUGGGGUUGGAUUUCCGUAAAAUCAUGACUUUCUAAGAAUAGAAUGAUCCUUUUUCACUUGUACCUCACAUUUGACUCGAUUGCAAAGAUUCCUAUAGUGUGCCAUCCUAUUUGAUUUGAAAGCACGCUGCCUUUUCUUAAUUAGCGAUAAGAUGCUUUUAGUGAUCCAAGGCUUAUCCUGAGAUCUGCGUUUGACAUUAACUAAUGGGAAGUGUAGAUGGAACAUCAGAGAAAGAGAAUCCUGGAAUUUAGAAGGUUUUUCUGUGACAGUCGGGUUCUCGCGAAGGUUACUCCAGCUAGUAGACAUGAUCUCCUCACCAAAGGCACGGAGUAGUCCUCUAGUCUGUGACCUUGGAAUCGGGACUUUCCAUCAUACACUUAUCGCACAGGAGUGGUAGUUGAGUCCUUGGUAACCAUGAAAUGCGGAAGCAACCACAUUUUCGUUCCUGCAGCCCAGUCUCGUCUCAUCUCUCUGUCUAUCUGUGUCUGGUAAUGCCCCUCUUAAGCUGAUCUCACAUCUGCUUGCAAUACACCUCCCAUUCUGCAGGCCUGUUAGAAAACUGCUUCUCAAGGUAUUUUUGUCUCUUGACGGCAUACUCGUAACUGUCUUGUAAACUAUUGGGAUUUCUUCCAUGGAAGUGCGACCUCAUAGGAAUCAUUAAUUGGAAGUUGAGACAUGCUUUGCUGCUUGAUUUCUGUCCUGAAGGUCUGUUGAACAUUUGCAUCUUUUGGGUUCCAAUCCCGUUGUCUCUUACCCAAUGAACUCUUCAAUUGGACCAAUGGCAGAGACAUUUAGGUUGUUUAGGAAUGGAGUUGUACCGAACGAACAUCCUCCUUGGAUAUAACAUCCCAAUGGGCAUCUGACUCAAGUUGCAUAUUUUUCAAAACUCAAGCUCAUACACUGAUUGCUCGGUAAGCCUGCAACAUGGCAACCGUUUGACAUUGGAGCGUAAUAUUUCCUAUUUCUCCAUGAGAUAUUUGUUAUGAACUUUAGCAAAUUCAAGGGGAAUCAGGUUAACCCCAAUUGUUCAUUUGACAAGGAAUUCCCCUUCUGUCAUCUACUGAUCUUUCUGACAGUUAAUGCCCCUUUUGCAUUAAAGUUACUAUUAUAAUAACUGUGCCAUCUGUUUAUAACUACCAUGGUAAUGCUGAUCAACAGCCAAUGAGAAUCUACAAUUCAAUGCAAGUUACCAUUGGAUGGCACAGUUACCAUAAUACUAUCUUUAAUGCAGUGGGGCCCAGGUUUUCCCAGACAGAAUUAGAUGCAACUUCCCCCAGCAUUUCCUACACCAUCAUUUGCAGGAAUUGCCAAGAAGCAAAACUGCAUGGUACUCCACAUCCAGUGCAUAGUGGACUUUGAAGGCAAAGUCCACAGCCUUAGUGAUUGUGGGAAAUAAUAUCCAAUGCCAACAAAAGUCUUCAAGGGUUUCUUUCUCCAAUAUGUAAGGGUUGCGGCCUCUUUUUCGGACCAAUCUCUGAAAAUACAAGUCUAGGUCUAUUCCCUCACAUUUCAGGUCUCUGAAUGUUCCCGGUGACUCUUUAAAGGAGCACUUCCCUCUCCUGCCAGUUGCUCUACCUCUGUAAGUUUAUGGAAGCAUACAGAAUGCCAAUGCCUCCAGUUCCUCUUGGGGAAGGCCAUUAACAUCAUUUAUGUCUAGCAAUGUUGUUCAAGAUAGGCAUCUUGCUGCUCCAUUUUCAACUCUCUUUUCAUGGGUUGGCCAUAUAGCAAAAAGUCUGUCUAUUGCCUCAAAUCCCUCUGCAAAAAGAUGUCCCCAGCAUUUGGUAUUUCAUUGUUUCUUGCUCUCCCUUAUCCAAAGAUAUCUGGGAUGCAGUUUUAGCAACCUUUGCUGCAGGUGAUAUAUUAUAUUGUAGCCAUGAUGUGAGGUCAUAAGCUUCUCAUUCUGAUACAAUGUUGCCUUCCACUCUUUUUUACAGACAGGGUCAAUUGGUUCUGCUGGGUCUGCUUUUGAGGAUGCUGAUCCAUUGUCUUAGAUCCAUGUUUGUGCAAGCUCAUGUUCAUACACACCAUGAGAUAACCAGUGGCUGGUCUGCCCUGUGUGCUAUUGAUAUACCAUGCUUCAUAUCCAGUUUGGCCAAGUUGAUCUUUCAAAUAUGGGAACGCCGCAACCGGACUUUCAUCCAUAGCCUGCCUGACUGCAUUACUUGGGAUUCGCAUCAUUCUUUUCCAUGAGAUGUGUGACAAGUGCAUGCACUAAUACACUGCAUAUGGCCGUGACUUGCAGCAUGGUUUCUUUAGAUGUCUGCAAUCAUUCGUGCUCCCUUUAUACCCCCUGUGUCUUGGAGAUAAUGUCUCUUAUAUAGAAAUAAGGCUUUUGUAGUUUCAUUUAGUUCUGUACUUGCAUUCAUACUAUCAUUUUCCUCUUUAACUGCAUUUGAGCGGUUUGGUUCCAACCUCGGGUGAGCAAUUUGAUCUUCAUCUGUGCCUCCUGCAGCAGCUUCCAGAGGUGUCUUAUAUCCCUUGUUCUUGGCAAGGAACUUGAAUCUUGUACCUAUUCUAGUUACGAGUUGUGAAAUAAUAUCUACAUCACCAAGGUCAAAGGCAUCGUCAUCUAUUCCAUAAUCUUGAAAUGUGUUUCAUACCUUCUCCAGACCCAUGAGCCGCAAUCUUUCAGCAAGAGCACCACCGACAUGAGCCGUGUUGAUCAUGUGAUAAUUUAUCAAUAUCAGACUCUCAUUGUGUAUGUAUUCAAGGGAUAUACAUGUACAUGCAAUACACAUCAAAUGACUUUCAUGAUGUUGGUGAAGCUGCUAUAGCCUAUCUCUGUAAGGACUAACCAUUCCUUGUUUGAUGGUAAUACGUGUUUGAUUUCCCUCGGAUGAGAUAUAUUCAUGUAGACAUUAUUGGAUACUUGAAUCGUACUCCCACCUUGUAACUUCAAUCUUGAAUUUGUUUCACCCCAAAAGCUGGCUCUAUGUGUGUGUAUAUGAUGUGCAAGUAAAGAAGCAAGACAUUUGUGAAGGCGAAGACCUCACUACAAGACCUGGAAUUGUUUUAAAUCUGUCAGUAUAUUGAAGAUUUUUUUGUUCUAAUUCACAGGGAAAUAUCAUUCAAAUACAUUUUGAUCCCAUUUGACUACUUUCCGAACAGGUGGUACAUUGUAAUUUGCAAUUACACAAAGUGAAGUUGAACCUUAUACAGAUUAAUAUAAAUCUAUACACAGUAUCAUCUAUUUAUGUUCAACUCAAAGUAAGUUUUUUUAAUGAGAUAUAAAUGACACAAAAUUAUAUUGUAUAAUGCAGAUGAUUAUGUUCAAUGGCUUGCAUGCUAAUAAAUAAUUAGAAUUUA